AUGUGGGGAUACUUUUUUGGAGGAAACUCUCAGCAAAAGAAGGAGUUGCCAAAGAAGGCCAUAGUUGAAUUACGUGAACAUAUUUCAACAUUGAACAAAAAGAAGAACCAUUUGCAGCAACAAAUGGACGACCAAGAUCAACUUGCAAGGAAAUAUGUAUCUUCAAAACAAACAACACUAGCCAAGAAUGCGUUGAAGCGUAAAAAGGGGUAUGAAACGAAUUUGCUUAAAGUUGAAAAUCAAAUAGAAACGUUAGAAACUCAACUAGUAUCUAUUGAAGGUGCCAACUUGAACUUGGAAACAAUGAAAGCAAUGAAGCAAGGUGCUAAGGCAAUGAAACAAAUACAUGGUGAAUAUGACGUAGACAAGGUUGAAGAUACUAUGGACGAAAUAAGAGAACAAGUUGAAUUAGCAGACGAGAUAUCUGAGGCUAUAUCAAGACCAGUAGGAAACGAAUACGUUGACGAAGAUGAACUAGAUCAAGAAUUGGCUGAGUUAGAGAAUGAAAAUAGGGAAGCAGAGAAGGAGAAAGUGAAGCCACAGAAGCAACAACAGCAACAACAACCGGCAGCAGUGCACAAAGAAGAGCAAUUGCCAUCAUUCCCUGCCGUUAAUAAGGCACAACCGGUCUCACAAGAUGACGAAGACGAAGCUGCUUUGAAAGCAUUACAAGCGGAAAUGGGGUUGUGA